CUUCCCUGCCUUGCAGUAGACACACCAGAUUUAUUUUCUCUCCAGUCUUUCCCCACAGGCCAGCGAGCUUUAAGCCAAACUCUUCUCAAUUGUGAUCUGCGUGUAUCUAAUCUCUUUCCCCACAGGCCAGCGAGCUUUAAGCCAAAUUCUUCUCAAUUGUGAUCUGCGUGUAUCUAAUCAAAUGAUGUGGACUUGGACAGACUGUCUGUGUGUCAAUCUCCUGCUUCUCCUCCAAAGAGCAGGCUCUGAGAAGUUUGAGGUUCUUGGUCUGACUCAUGCCAUUGUUGCUGUGGCUGGUGAUGACAUCAUUCUGCCCUGUUACAUCAAACCCAACAUCAGCGUUGAGGACAUGAGAGUUGACUGGUUCAGAGUCAACCUCCCAGACACUCAGUCAAACAUUAGAGUCCAUCUCUACCAAGACGGCAGAGACAAAUACCAUGAUCAGAUCCCCUCCUACAGGGGAAGGACAUCGUUGUUUAAAGAGGAACUGAAGAAGGGCAAUACCUCUUUGAAACUGACCAGGGUACAAGGCACUGAUGAUGGACAUUAUAAAUGUCUUGUUGAGUCUAAGACACAUUAUGAUGAUUCCACCAUUCAAGUCUACGUCAGAGCUAUAGGAUCCAAGCCAGAGGUUUCCAUUGAGGGACAGAAAGAAGGAGGGAUGGCUCUGCUGUGUGUAACUAAAGGCUGGUUCCCUGAGCCUGAGUUGGAGUGGCUGGACAGUGAAGGGGUCACUCUGUCUGCUGGACCGUCAGACACAGACAGGGACUAUGAGGGAUUCUACGUAGUCAAACUAAAGACCAUCAUAAAGGAGACUGACAUCAACCGCUUUACCUGUAGACUAAGACAGAGGCAGCAACAUGAGGUGAUUAAGAUGGAGACAGAGUUUCACAUCCCUAGCGAGCUGAUCCUUGUUCACACAGAAACAUGGAAAGUGGCUCUUGCAGUGAUUGUCUCUCUGGUCAUUGUCCUUGUGGCCAUAUCAGCUUUCAGUGUCUGGUGGUGGAAAAAUGCAUCCAAAGCUGAACACAGUCAAGAGCUAGAGCAAGUUAAAGAUGAACUCAGACUUGAGUUGAAGAAAAAUCAAGAUCACAACACUCAUAAGCUGAAGAUACUUGCUGAUCAGCUGGGUAAGUAGGAGCACGAUGCAUUACUAGACCCUUAUGGUCAAUACACAAUACAUACAUGUAUAUUCUAAGCCAGGGUUCUCCAACCCUGAUCCUGUAGCGCUGCCGUCCCGUAGCUUUCAAUCCAACCUUAGUUAUAACUAACCUGAUAAAAUGUAUCAACCAGCAAGUUAUUAGAAUCAGGUGCACUAGAUUAGGGUUGGAGAGAACACCUACAGGGUGGGCUCCAGGAACAGGGUUGGAGCAAAAACCUACAGGGUGGUCUCCAGGAACAGGGUUGGAGCAAAAACCUACAGGGGGGUCUCCAGGAACAGGAUUGGAGAGCCCAUUUCCAAGGGCUUACAAUUUGCAUUGUGCAAAUAGCACAAAGAUGAGUCAAAAUGAUGUGGUAAAAUAUCA